GGGCUCUCUGGGACGGAGUGGAGUGUGUGUGGCUCUUGCUGGAGACACGCUGGCCUGUUGAGGCCCCAAAAGGCCGGAGGCCAGAGAGGAAGAGCCACCCAAGGGCACCCCGGGAGCGCAUCACUAGAAGUGCUCAAAACUGGUGAAGCUUGGGGAGGUUACUGAUCUCCAUUCAUUGUGUUGAGAAGCAACAGGACCUAUUUCCAUGGAGACCAGGGAAUUUGAAGAUUUGGAAAAGCCGUGGAAGAAAUCGAUGAGUGGUUCAUGGAAAAUUGGUGAUGAAUCAGCCAGCCUGAGACCUGAGUUACUCUCCAAAGAGGAGAAGAUGCCCCACACUGACCCCCAGAAGAGGCAAGACAAAGAGCCCCAUCAGCACACCCCCAUCCAGAGAAGCUCCAUCUUCAAUCGCACCAUCCGAUAUAGAAGCAGAGGCAAAGACAGAGACACUCCCGAGCACAACGUCAGCUACCCGGCAGAUUCCCUGGAAAGUGGACAAUCUGCUAAAGAGCCCCUGCCCUUGAAUAUCGCCCAGAGCUGCCUGCCUCCCUGGAGAGCAGCAAGGACAGGCCCAGGAGCCAGGAGAACAAGCGAGUCGUCCUCCACCCCGGGAAAUGGGGCCACGCCCGAGGAGUGCCCAGCGCUGGCCGACAGCCCCACCACGCUCACCGAGGCCCUGCAGAUGAUCCACCCCAUUCCCGCAGACUCCUGGAGAAACCUCAUUGAACAAAUAGGGCUCCUGUAUCAGGAAUACCGAGAUAAAUCGACUCUGCAAGAAAUUGAAACCAGGAGGCAACAGGAUGCAGAAAUACAAGCCAACGCGCGUGGUCCCCUGGCCGGCGAGGGGAGUCCAGAGGGGGAUGAGGACGAGGACGAGGAGGAGGAGGAGCCGGCAAGCCCACCAGAGAGGAAGGCUCUGCCCCAGAUCUGCCUGCUCAGCAACCCGCACUCGAGGUUCAACCUGUGGCAGGACCUCCCAGAGAUUCGGAGCAGUGGGGUGCUGGAGAUUCUCCAGCCCGAGGAGAUCAAACUGCAGGAGGCCAUGUUCGAGCUGGUCACGUCCGAGGCCUCCUACUACAAAAGCCUGAGCCUGCUCGUCACCCACUUCAUGGAGAACGAGCGGCUGAAGAAGCUCCUGCACCCGGCCGAGGCGCACAUCCUCUUCUCCAACGUCCUGGACGUCAUGGCCGUCAGCGAGCGGUUUCUGCUGGAGCUGGAGCGCCGGAUGGAGGAGAAUGUCGUCAUCUCAGACGUGUGCGACAUCGUGUACCAUUAUGCAGCCAACCACUUCUCAGUGUACAUCACCUACGUCAGCAACCAGACCUACCAGGAGAGAACCUACAAGCAGCUGCUCCAGGAGAAGGCAGCCUUCCGGGAGCUGAUCACGCAGCUGGAGCUCGACCCGAAGUGCAAGGGGCUGCCCCUCUCCUCGUUCCUCAUCCUGCCUUUCCAGAGGAUCACGCGCCUCAAGCUGUUGGUCCAGAACAUCCUGAAGAGAGUGGAAGAGAGGUCGGAGCACGAAUGCACAGCCCUGGAUGCCCACAAAGAACUGGAAAUGGUGGUGAAAGCAUGCAAUGAGGGUGUCAGGAAAAUGAGCCGCACAGAGCAGAUGAUCAGCAUUCAGAAGAAGAUGGAGUUUAAGAUCAAGUCGGUGCCCAUCAUCUCGCACUCCCGCUGGCUGCUGAAGCAGGGCGAGCUGCAGCAGAUGUCAGGCCCUAAGACAUCCCGGACCCUGCGGACCAAGAAACUCUUCCGGGAAAUUUACCUCUUCCUCUUCAAUGACCUGCUGGUGAUCUGCCGGCAGAUUCCUGGAGACAAGUACCAGGUGUUUGACUCAGCCCCACGGGGCCUGCUCCGGGUAGAGGAGCUGGAGGACCAGGGCCAGACGCUGGCCAACGUGUUCAUCCUGCGGCUGCUUGAGAAUGCAGAUGACCGGGAGGCCACCUACAUGCUGAAGGCGUCCUCCCAGAGCGAGAUGAAGCGUUGGAUGACCUCACUAGCCCCCAACCGGAGAACCAAGUUUGUUUCCUUCACUUCCCGGCUGCUGGACUGCCCCCAGGUCCAGUGUGUGCACCCGUAUGUGGCCCAACAACCGGACGAGCUGACGCUGGAGCUGGCUGACAUCCUCAACAUCCUGGACAAGACUGAAGACGGGUGGAUCUUUGGCGAGCGUCUGCAUGACCAGGAGAGAGGCUGGUUCCCCAGCUCCAUGACUGAGGAGAUCCUGAAUCCCAAGAUCCGGUCCCAGAACCUCAAGGAAUGUUUCCGUGUCCAUAAGAUGGAUGACCCUCAGCGCAGCCAGAAUAAGGACCGCAGGAAGCUGGGCAGCCGAAAUCGGCAAUGACCCUCCAACCCGGGUGUCACCAGCCUGGCAGAGGGAUGUGGGCAGACAGGAGUGGGGACUGGCAGGCAGACCCCACCGGACUGGGGGGGGCGGCUCUGAGGAAGGCCAGCACCUCCAGGGACAGCAGGGUGUAGCCCAGAGUCCUUGUGCAGGAGUCACUCUGCCCCUCCUCCCUGCCACCUGGUGAGUCCUCAUGUGUCUUGGCCCCUCGCUUGCAAGAAAAAGGGUGCCCACGUCUAUCCUCUGCUGCAUUUGUAAAUGAGAAGUAUAUUUUAAACAGUAUUACACCACCUCUCCCUCUUGUCUCUUAGAGGGCGUGGAAGGGGAUCGGCAUGCUUCAGGGGCCUUUCUAGACACUGGAAGAGGCCCCAGACCCAGAGAGUGUCUGGCUGAGGGCAGGUGACCCCCUGCACAUGUCAUCCUCUGCCUGAAGCCAUUUGAUUCCUCCAGGCGUGCAGAUGGACCCCCCUUGCCUGAUGAGCUUGAUGAGUGGCCCUUGGUCUCCAAUUCAAAGGACCGAGAGACCCACCACCUCUGUCUAUCCCCUCCCCAAGCCUCUGCCAGCCUCUGGCUGCACGGCCAGGCCCUGCCUCAUAGCAGGCCUACCAGAGCUUGGCUGAGGGCCCAUGCCACCUCUGGCUCCCUGACAGCUGGAUAUAGUUUGCAUCUUCUGGCCCCUUCAGGAGCCCAGGUUCAUUGUAAGGAAUGAAUUGGUCACUGCAUCCUUUAUUGGUUAUGGUUCUGAGAAAAGCAAAUAUCAUUUUUGGCUGCAUUAAAAGAAGCAUCAUGUAUAAAAUAAA